AUGUUGUCCAUGCAGAACUCCCCUUAUAGCAUCCACCCAGGUUGGAACGCAUCGGGGCUGCAAGACGAAGAUUGUUCCCGCUCGGACAUCCCCACCCUAUCCGGGAUCGACACCCUCCGAGGCAGUAUUUCCAGCGCCAGCACCGGGGCUAGUCCUGAUGAUACCUCAACCGAUUCACCAGACUGGAAUGGGGAACAGUCGCCCAACUUUGAUGCGACGAAGACCUUCCCGUCCGAGGGCAUGGUCAACGCACACGACAUGGACCUGAGCGACAUCCCACCCAAGAUUGAAGAACUGGACGACGACGUUCAAAGUGUCAAGCCGUCCGAAGUGGGGAACGAGUUCGACCACGAAAACUCGGGUGUUCCCGCGACCGUUCCACGGAAACGUGGGCGUCCACGCAAGCAUCCGCUCCCUGCCCCCGGCGGUCAAGCCAAAGUGACCAAGGGCCGGUCUAAGACCGGUUGUAUAACUUGUCGACGCCGGAAGAAGAAGUGCGACGAGACUAAGCCUGCAUGUCUUAACUGCCAGAAGAAUGCGGUUGUGUGUGAAGGAUACCCCCCGAAGGAGAUUUGGAAGAGUGGACGGCAAAGAGUCGCGGAUGCUGUCCGAACCCAGUCCCUUGUCACCGUGCCUCGCAACCUUCCUCUCCUCAUCGACGGCGUCGAAACCGAGAUCGAUCGUCGCUUUCUCGACCACUUUGUGUAUGGGUUUAGUCGGGUGUUGACCCUGAUCAACGAUGACUCGAACCCGUUCAAGGAGAUCUUGCUGCCGAUGGCGACUCAACACCGGGGAUUGAUGCAUUCUCUCAUGUGUCUGUCGGGAUCGCAUCUGUCGGGUCUGGACCCAGAACCAAAGCUGAGGGAGCGCAAGUACUAUCAUUUCCAUCGCGCGAUCCAGGAUUUGAAGGAGAACAUCACCGCCUCGUCUUCCGCUUCGGCUUCCUCCUCGGAGGAGGAACAACUGCUGGUGGAAGAUCCCAUUAUUGCAUCGACCAUCGCCCUGAGUUUGAAUACCAUCUGCGAGGGUGAAACUAAUGGUGAAUACCGGCCGCACAUGGAUGCCGCCCGGUAUCUCCUCGUGUCGCAGCAGCCGCGCAAUGAAAAGUUCCGACAAUUUAUCGUCGAAUUCUUUCAGUACCACGAUAUUUCAAAUGCCCUUACUUCCCUAGACCGCCGCCCGGCCCUUCUUCAGGGAACCAUGCGGAUGCCCGAUUUUGUGCCGGGCGCCACGGCUGGUAUGUUCCUGGGUGUGUUCGAUGGGUUAUUCAACUACAUCUCCCAAGUGACUCAGCUUCGAGACCGGAUCCGCCAGCGAUUCAAUGAAGGAUACGAGCCCGCGGUGGACUACCAGACUCUCAGCGAGGCCGUGCAAAUUGAUACCGCCAUCCGGACCUGGAAGACAUCGCAUGAAGAAGGUUCCUCGAAUUGGUGCUUGGCCCAAUUAUACCGUCAGUCAACCUGGGUAUACCUGUUCCGCACCAUUAGGCCCUCACGUCCCAGCGAAAAAAUCUCUCAGGUGGUUGACGAUGGUCUGGCUUAUCUAGACCGCCUGCCACAAGACGCAGGUGCCUACAGCAUCGUCCUAAUGCCCCUGUUCCUAUUGGGCUGCUCAGCUUUCUUGCCCCGGCAGCGCGAGCGGAUCCAACAGGGCUUCGAGUCUCUCAAGGCGUAUUCCAACCUCCGCAACAUCGAGCCAGCUUUCAAGGUUGUUGCUCGUGUGUGGGAGGUUAUGGAUACCAAGAUUGAGGACAGCUGGGACUGGGAAAAGAUCAUCAAAGACAUGAACAUGGAUUUUCUCAUUACCUGA